AUGGCCGCUGGCGGCGCCGCCGACGGCAAGUACAACUUGUACAAGGCGCCGGGGCUGCGGGGCGCGAUACUGGAGGCGGCGCACGCCUCGUGCCUCGGCGACCGGUACGCGCUGGGCAAGCAGCUCGGGUGGGGCCAGUUCGGGGUCAUCCGGUCCUGCUCCGACAUGGUCACCGGCGAGGCGCUGGCCUGCAAGUCCAUCGCCAAGGACCGGCUCACGUCCCCCGACGACGUGCGGGGGGUCCGGCUCGAGAUCGAGGUCAUGGCGCGCCUCUCGGGCCACCCCAACGUCGUCGACCUCAAGGCCGUGUACGAGGACCAGGACUCGGUGCACCUCGUCAUGGAGCUCUGCGCCGGCGGGGAGCUCUUCCACCGCCUCCAGGAGCGCGGCUGCUUCCCGGAGCACGAGGCCGCCGCGCUCUUCAGGUACCUCAUGGAGGUCGUCGCGCACUGCCACAGCAAGGGGAUCGUGCACCGGGACCUCAAGCCCGAGAACAUCCUCCUCGUCAGCAGGUCGCCCUCCUCGCCCAUCAAGCUCGCCGACUUUGGCCUCGCCACCUACACCCAGCCUGGUCAAAGACUGAGCGGCACGGUGGGGAGCCCGUUUUACAUCGCGCCGGAGGUGCUCGCCGGCGGGUACAACGAGGCUGCCGACGUGUGGAGCGCCGGGGUUAUACUCUACAUCCUUCUCAGUGGCAUCCCGCCGUUCUGGGGGAAGACCAAGUCGAAGAUCUUCGAGUGUAUCAGGUCGACGGAGCUGCGGUUCCCUUCCGAUCCCUGGGACAGGGUUUCGGAUUCGGCCAAGGAGCUCAUCACCGGCAUGCUGCAGCGUGAUCCUGGACAGAGGCUCACGGCCGAGCAAGUUCUAGAGCAUUCCUGGAUACGGGAACACGCCGAUGAUUCGCGCGAUUCCUGCUGCGGUUGCCUUGAGAUCGGCCUCGGGAGGGAGGAGCCAGGCUCGUGCUCAUUCUCCACGCCGAUGGCGACACGCAGCCGCGACGUGAGCUUCAGCACCGGCGGGCCGAUCGCCUGCCAGGGUCUGUCGGAGGAACCCUGCUCUCCCACAUUCUCCUGCAGAUCGUCCUUCUCCGCGUUCUCCGCCGCCAGGGCUCCAGCUCCGUCUUGCGGAGCCUUGUUAUUCUCAUUCGGCGACAGCCCCGAACCCAUGAAGGACGCUGCGCCCAUCACGUCGAUGCCGAGCUUCUCGUUCUUCUGCGGGCUAGGGUCCGACAAGCCCGAGCCACCGGCGGCUUCAGGCGACGACACCACGAAGGAGAAGGAAGCUCAUUGUGUCGAAGACGCCACGGCGGUGGGCCUCACCGCCGCCUCCUCCUCGGCUCUGACGAGGAUGGCGGAGGCGGCCCUGAGAGGGGCGACGGCGACGACGAGGGCGAACCCGUCGUCGCGCAGCAGCAGGCGGAACCACACCAUCGGCGCCGGCGAGCGGGAGCACCAGCACGACCUGGACAUGGCGGUCGCCGAGUCGGUGAUCCGGUGGGCGUCGUGCACCCACCUGUCCACCACCCUCUCCCUCCGUGCCUCGCUCGUGUGCUAG